GGAUUUUGUGACAAAGUAAAGCACGAAAUCCCGAUAAAGAACGAUCGAGUAAAUAUAUUUAUGACACGUCGUGUCCCGGUGCAUUUAGAGGCCGAGGUAAAUCGACAGGUCCAUGAGAUGUUGGAUGAAGGCAUAAUUGAGGAAGCGGACAACUCGCCGGUACUUUUGGUAAAGAAACCGAAUGGAAAGUAUAGAUUUUGUGUUGACUUCAGAGAACUGAAUAAUAUAACAGAGCUGAAACCUUGUGCAAUGCCAACAGUGGUGGAAACAUUAGAUCGGCUACAGAAUGCUACGGUGUUUACAGUGCUGGAUUUACGGUCAGGUUGUUGGCAACUGCCUGUAAAAGAUAGCGAUCAAGGCAAGACAACAUUUACUGUACGUGACAAACAGUAUCAGUUUAAACGAAUGCCGUUCGGGUUGGCGGGUGCACCGUUUACGUUCAGAAGAAUAAUGACGCUACUGCUCAGAAAUCUAGACAACGUCAAGGUAUAUGGCGACGAUGUAGUUGUGUACAGUCAGACAGAGAUAGAUCACGUCAAGCAUGUGGAAGCAGUCUUAAGGCGAAUUGACGAAUUUGGACUUCGAAUUAAUAAGGACAAGUCUCAGAGCGAAAAGUAGCGUCACGUUGUUGGGACAUAAAGUGGGAAAUGGAGAAAUAGAACCAUUGCCGGAGAAAAUUCUUACCAUAAAGAAUAUUUUGGCACUUAAUUCGAAAAUGGGGCUGAGACAGUUCCUGGGAAGGGUGGCGUUUUACAGUCGGUUUGUCAAGAAUUUCAACGGAACAGCAGUACCUCUACAUAAGUUGUUGAGCAACACCAAGUUUACCUGGACUGAGACUGCUGAACAAACGUUCAACCAAAUCAAAAACAUGCUAGACGAUCGUCGGAUGACGCUCAGACUUCCUGAACCCAAGAAACUGUUUACAGUGGCCACAGACGCAAGUAAUCAUGGUGUAUGUGCUGUUUUGAGUCAGUCUGAUAGAGUGGUGGAAUACGCUAGUCGCGUUCUCACACCCGCCGAACAGAAGUAUUCAACGAUCGAAAAGGAGUGUUUAGCAAUCGUGUGGGCAGUAGACAAAUGGAGACCGUACCUUUUAGGUAGACGAUUCCACAUUGAGACUGACCAUAAACCCCUGCAGUGGUUGAAAACAGCAGGAGACCCUCGAGGGAGGUUGGCGCGAUGGAUGAUACGUCUGCAAGAGUACGACUUCAGUAUCGGUCAUGUUCCAGGAGAGGAAAACGUAAUGGCGGAUUACUUGUCAAGAUCAGACAUGGAAGCCGACCUUCCAUUAACAGCAUACGCGGUGAAUAGUUUAGAGAGGGACCCAUUAGAACUCGUCUGGCAGCAGAAAGCUGACCCUAACCUUCGAGAGGUAAUCAGAGUUAUAAGAGAGGGAGCAGACGUCGACAAACGAACAAUGGACAAGGAGGUAAUGAUGCUGCUUCGGCUAAAGGAACUAUCGAGAGUGAACGCAUAUGGAGUCCUGACCUGGCAGGACAGUGACGAGAAUCGGGUGACUGUGAUCCCGAAAGACUGGCGGCGUAAGAUGAUACACGAGUGUCACCAGGUGGCACAUACAGGCAUUGCAAGGACGAUGGAUUUACUACGACAAAGUACAUACUGGCCAGGCAUGAGAGACGAUGUGGCUCAAUACGUGUUAACUUGCCAGCAGUGUCAACUAGUGAAAAGCGAUCGAUACGCACAACCGCCAUUACAGUCAGUCCCAGCAACCGCAGUCGGUGGAUAUGAUGGGACCGUUUUCACAGACGGCGAGCGGUAACCAGUACCUGCUAGUGAUGACGGAACAUGCUACGCGUUGGGUAGAUGCCGUACCCAUUGCAGACCAGCGGGCAAGAACAGUGACCGAAGUGGUAAUCCGGCAUAUUGUAGCGUGUCACGGAAUACCGAAGAUGAUAUUAACUGACCAGGGUCCCUGUUUUAAAAGUGACGAGUUUAAAGCCCGUCUAAAGCAGUUUGGCAUCAAGAGAAUACGAACCACACCGUAUCAUCCUCAGACAAACGGGCUUGCAGAAAGAAACAAUCGGACGUUAAGGGAAUGGUUAGCAUCUAAAGGAGGAAAUUGGGAGAAAGAUUUACCAUUGAUUUUGCUGGCGCAUCGUUCCUUCAUACAAGGAACAACCGAGAAGUCACCUUUCUUGCUCAUGUAUGGCAGACAGCCACGACUUCCAAUGUAUAAUAAGACCUGGCCACAACAACAGAAGUAGACGACAACAAGGUUAAGAAAAGAGAGGAGGUAGUCAGUAAGGGACGUGGAAAAGAAACAAAUAUCUGACAUAAAGAAGGCGCAACAACAGAGGAGAGCGUGGAAACCUUUCGCAGUGGGGGACCCAGUAAAAUGUAGAGAACGGAAAAGUAAUAUAGUAGGGGGAUCAGGGUUGGGAAAGCUGGUCCCAAAGUGGGAAGGAUUGUACUUUAUCACAGAGAGACGUGGCUCGGUUUACACGAUCCGGAGAAGAUCAAGAAAGGAAGAACGGGAAUAGAAAGCAAUUAGUAUAGAAAUGCAAGAACAAUGAAGUCCGAGACAAUUAUUGAACAUUUGCAAAUUAUGUAUUAUAGUAUGGUAUUUCUAUUUUACCAAGUAACUCUGUAAUGUUGUGCUAAAUAUAAUUCGGUUGUCCUCACCUGUGUUCUCCUUCACUACAGGCCCGGUGAUACUCUCUUGGCGUUGGUGUAGCCCUGUUCACUAUUUCUAACCACCAUUUUAUCUUAUAAUAUCAACAUAGGAUUCGAUCUGCACUAAAAAGGACCUGACAUGCAUGACAUACAUGAUCAUCACCCAAUGACCAGUCAAUUGUUGGUAUACUCAUUUGAAAUAAACAAGAUUAUCAUAGUGUAUGUUGGAAGAAAAUAAGUUUCAUCCUAUAUUCGAUUCAGAUUUUUAAUUCAACCCAAUUGUUUGCAUAAAAGGCUUGAUUGACCUAAAUAGACUAGAAUAAUGAUUGUUUAUAUUGAACAUUUAUCUUCAAUGUAAAUUUCUUUAGGAUUUUCCUUGUAAUUUGUGUGUAUGACUUUCUCCAUGCUUAUUUUGUUGUAACAGAAUACUAUGAGACUAACCACAUGUACACUUAAAUGUUUCCGGAUAAUUAACUCGCUAGGCUAGAUUUUUUACGUAAUAUCAAAUAAUAUAUAGUGCUGGUGAAUUCCCGUGAAAAUUAGGAGUUCCCUAUGUGAAUAUGUUGUAGAUGGGUUGGCAUUGUCUUAGCAGGUUUUGCUGAUUACUCAUAUCUGAAGUGAUUUGCUGGAUAACGGAUUUUAGUGAGCUAGUUGGUUGCUUUUUAAAGUUCUCAAGGGUUAUUGUUACUGAGACGUUGUAUAAUCUGUCUCACUGUUGCUAACAUUAGUGAGUUUGGGAGUGUGAGGUUUACACUUUUUUUAAGAUUUAUAAAUAAAAUGGAAAGCAAUGUGAGUACCGUAUGUCGUUCUUUAGUGUAUCAUACUGAUAGAUUUUUUUUCCGCCUAGAAAAUAUGAUAUCCCAGAUACCAAUAUGUGAACUUGAUUAAUGUGCAGAUCCAUACACUAUCCUUACAUGAGAACUGAUAGGCUUCACAGAGUUCAGGGUACAGUUAAAUAAAUAUAAAAAGAUUAUCCCAAAACGUAAUAAAAACUAUCUCACAUUACGAGCAACCUAGAUAACAAUCGUCUCUUAUUUUAUAACAUGUAACAUUUCUACUGUCUCUAACAUUGGUUUUCGUAGUUGGUAGGCUUCAUUUCAACAGAACUUUGUAAAAUGUAGUAGUUUGGUUAAAAAAAGACCUUUAAUAAUUUUGUAAUUUAUUGUAAGUGGUUAUAUUUUAUUUUUUCUAGAUCCUACUGCACCGUUAGGCGUCCUCAAAGAAUGCGGACCAGCAGUGAAAUCUAGUCUUCGUCAUGUUUUCGAAUCAGAUGCUCGUCCUGAUUUAGUCUUUCCAGAUGCUGGGUAUCUCUGUAGAAUAAGCCAAGAAAUUGCCUCUAUUACUCCUGGUAGUCAAACAGGACAGUCUAAUGUUAGUGAUAUUUCUUCUAGUGAUACAGGUUCUUUAGUUGAUCGUGCAUUGCAAUUAAAAUUGGAGGGAUUGCUUCAGAAACCAUUUCGUUUAUGUGACUGGCUUGUUGGAGAAGUGACAUUUUCUUCUGGAUUGAUUCAUUCUUUCACCAAACAUCCGGUAAGUAUCAUAUAUAUACAAAAUGCGCACUAUCGAUACAGUAGAUAAUCAGACCAGCAUAUGGUUCGCAUGAUAAAUAAAUGCACAGCCCCAUUAAGUUCUCUGUUCGAACCCCAUUCUCACUUCUGUUUAGACAACCAGGUCGUAUCAGUUCCCCUCACACACACACCUACUAUGUAACUUAAAUAACCUGAUGAAUGAGUUGAAUAUAAUUUCAGUAAUGGGAAAUUCAAGUUUUCAAAAUAAAAUUGUUAUAACUUGUAGCCUGUGUGCCCUGUUAAUGUAUAACGUAAUGAUACCACCAAUCAGAGAGCAGUGAAUUAUUGAUCAAACCAAUGACGCAUAAAACCCGUACGAGCAGCCUAGAGUCCUUAUUGGUCCUGCUUCCCGCCUAGCCCAGCCAGUUAAGUCCAGAACACCAAUCUCAGCCUCUGCGAUAUGAAUCACUUACUUCGGACAUUCUCGGUUUAUAUACCAACCCAACAGACCACAUUGUACCAUAAAAUGGAAAAUAACAUUGUACAAGAUUUGGCCAAAUGUGGCUGUGAAUGUGGGAGGUAGGAAUUAAUAGAUCGAGCAUUACUCAAGAACGGUAAAUUGUAUAAUACUAGUUCAUAGGUGAAAAUAAAGCUCAUAAUAAGAGGGACAUGAAUAUGUAUAGUUUAGUUAUUUAACAAUUAUACGAUAAAAAUGUACUCAUAGUAUUGGUCCAUAAAUGGAUUCCAAAAGUUACCUUUCAUUAUUCUUAUCUGGAUAUAACAAAAACAAGAUUUUUACCAAAUGAUUUCUGAAUACAUAGCAUCCGCAACAGAGUUACAAUAUAGAAAUAGUCAUUUAUAUUAUCAAUUACAGCCAAGUGUAUCUUUCUUUGCUCAGUCACCAAUCCCUGUCCAUAUCAUCAGGUCUACGCGCUUUGAACAUAUAUACCUACUCUGUCGAUCUGUAUACAACUAACUGAGCACGUAUUGCUAUGAGGAGAGAAUAGUCUUUAGGGUGAGCUCUCCUCUUUUUUUCGAAAUUUCGCUCCAUGGGUCGUACUUUCUGGGAAAUGGCUGUAUGCUAUGACCAUUAUAAAGGUUGGUUCUAUUCAAUCAUUAAGAUAACCAAAACAUGUCUUGAUGUUUGUUAGAUACAUUCAAUGAAUCGUGUUGGUAUCAAGCAUAUAGAGCCUACAUAGUGAGCUACUAUCUUAAAGUGACCGAAUUGUAUGUAGAAUUGUUAAAUAAGUUAUCAAUAAAUUGACUUGCUCACAUACUUACGCCCAUUACAUCUCGUGGGACAUACCCUGUCUACUAGGGUUCUCUAACCAACUCUGCUCUGGCGUCUCCUUUCCAGUUAUUGGCAACUGCGAUUUACUCUUUUGAAAUCUGCCUCCAAUUCGCGGUGCAUUAUUUUUUAGUCUCCCCCACUUUUCUGCCUUGAAGAGUCCAAGUUAGCGCUUGCCUUGUGACGCAUUUUGAUGAUUUCCACAAUGUUUGUCCUAUAAAGCUUUAGUGUAUUUUUCGGAUUGCCUUUUGAGUUGGAAGCCAGUUUGUUCUUUGCCACAGCAGGUUGUUACCGAUGGUGUUUGGCCAACGGACAAGACUUAUCAGUUUCAACUCCGUACAUAUUUACAUUCAGUUUAAUUCGAUAAAAUAUCGAUUAAUUACAAUAAUUAUUAAUUGUGUUGGGGUGACCCAGAAAACUUCUCGCAAAAGACAAGGAAGGCUCACGAAACACUAAGAAGCACUUUAUCCAAUCAGCUUUCACUAGAAGUUUAGCCGGAAACAUCAAGAAAGCCAAAGUCACAUGUGAAGUUUCUGAUUGGCUGAUUUCUGUGCUGCUACUAUGUUUAGUAGCAUUCCAGAAUUUUCGGGAAACCCAAGGACAUCUAAAAUACUAUAAAAACCCUAUAUUUUCUGUACUAAAAGGAACAUUUGGAGUAAAGUGCUUCUUGUAUAUUUUGUGCUUUUUCUCUCGUAUUCAGAUCGCUGUGUAGUUCUAGCUUGCGGGGGGUUACUAGAAUAGCUUAGGGACCGAAUAUAGCGUUCAAUUAGCAAGACUUAUCAAAUUGGGCCAAUGGAAGAUCCUGAAACUUAAUUAACUAAUUUCAUACUUCGUUCAUAUUUCUGAUAGAUUCUUUUUGGGUGGACCUUUAGAACUUCGAGGAUUUCAAUGGCGUACUGUAAGUCCAUCAGAGCCAUUACUAGCACCAACUGUUCAAAUGUUAGAUAGUUAUGAAACAACACUUAAUAAUAACAAUCAACAAUCAUUAUCAGCUCCUGUAUCUACUCAUUCACCAUUAUCACCUAUUGGUGCUGAUGCUUUCUGGUUAACUGGAGCUCAUUUAUACGCUCCAUUACCGUAUUGGGGCGCUGAAGAAGGUUCAUUAGCUUCUCAAUUACGUCUACAUGGAUUCUUUCUUGCCGGUAAAUUAAUUAAGAUUGUUAUUAUUGAGAAAUAGUUAAAUGAAUAUCGUAUCACAUAUUUUAUUGAAUGAAAUGUUUAGUAGUUUAUUUUAGAAGUUAUUUAAUCUAGUAACCUAGUUUAGAUUAUUCAGUUAUUCACGAGUAACUAAAGCGAACGGUAAUAGUUUCGAGUCACGUUGUGAACAUCAAUUCUGGAGUGUGCAUAUCCAUUUAUUUAAACACAAACAUUGGUACAAGAAGACACCAAUUUUGUAAACAAUACCCACACCGCGAGAACGCAGUAAGUAGGACUUCCUUGGCACUUGCUGUAUACGCGUGACCAUGUGAGCGCAUUUCAAGAGGGAAAACUAACUGUCUAUUCCCUCGACUAUACCAGGGCAUUUAGAGGCUGGAGCGUGCAGAUACAUUCAGUUUACAAGUGUGUUCCAAACUUCAAUGCUGGCCACUAUCUAACUUUGCUUAUAAAAUGUCGAAACAAUCCGCAUAGGACCCACAUAUGCCAGAAAAGAUUGAUCAAUUGCAGUUCUGUUUGGUUACUCGUCAGGAGGGUGAACCUGGAUCCCAGAGUUUGUGUUCACUCCAUAAAUCCAAGCCAUUGCAAAUUAAAUUAUAAGCUUUAAUCUAAUCAGAACAACAUUGGAAUAUUAUUUAAUUCCCCCAAACGCCGUGCUACGAUCGAUAGUAAAGACAGUCCUCUCUCUCGAAAUAAAUUCAUAUGGCCACAGGUUUAUAGUCACUGCCAGAGGAGUCAACAAGAUCGGAAUCCAAACCGCUUAUGUAAGUAGGCUCCAAGAUCCUGAAUGAUCAAAUGGCGUAUGAGCCUAUCUUCGAUUAUUGGUUACCAUCAGAUUACAUCUACUUACUCGUGGAUUAUAGGCCAAAGGCUAAGGUAGUGACAUCCUCACCAGAACAUUUCAAUUCGAACACCCAGUUUAUAUUCCAAAUGUCUGACAGCUAUAAAUACGUAAAACAGCUCCACUGGCUAAUUCUUCUAUCAAGGAUUCUUUUUUAUUAAAAUAAGCCCAAGUUUUAUGUAAAUUCUUCGUCCCUCUUCAUUUUACACUAUCAUUUUUUGCUUCUUAUGAGUAACACAGCAUUGUUAUUCAUGAAGAAGAAUAAAAUACAAGGUUUUCUGAAUUUUUGGACAACUAAUCCUUCAUAAAAGGUACAAUUUCAACUUCAAUUAUUGAUCCAAAUGUAUGUAGACAUUCUCAACUUUUAUUUAAUGAUAAUCUCACUUUUAACAUCUUGAUUUCUGUGUACAGUUUAAACAUUUGUUCACAUUUAUUGUUUUAUUGAUACAUCUGUUAUUUUGCAGAUAGAUAUGACAUCUUUCUGUUAUAACUUGUGGCCUGAGUGCCCUGUUAAUGUAUAAAGUAAUGAUACCACCAAUUAGAAAGCAGUGAAUUAUCGGUCGGACCAAUGACGCGUAAAACCCGUACGAGCAGCCUAGAGUGCUGAUUUGUCCUGCUUCCCGCCUAGCCCAGCCAGUUAAGUCCAGAACACCAACCUCUGCCUCUGCGAUAUGAAUCACUUACUUCGAACAUUCUCGGUUUAUAUACCAACCCAACAGACCACAUUGUACCAUAAAAUGGAAAAUAACAUUGUACAAGAUUUGGCCAAAUGUGGCUGUGAAUUUGGGAGGUAGGAAUUAAUAGAUCGAGCAUUACUCAAGAACGGUAAAUUGUAUAAUACUAGUUCAUAGGUGAAAAUAAAGCUCAUAAUAAGAGGGACAUGAAUAUGUAUAGUUUAGCUAUUUAACAAUUAUACGAUAAAAAUGUACUCAUAGUAUUGGUCCAUAAAUGGAUUCCAAAAGUUACCAUUCAUUAUGCUUAUCGGGGCACAACACUUCCAUAUAUAUUCGUUUUGAGAUAGUUUUAAUUCAUGUAAGAUAUAACUGGAUGAAUUAGUACAAAUCCUUCUCUUCUCUCCGAUAUGCUUUAUUUUCUAUCUUUACUGUUUCAUUUGAAUAAAAUAGGCUCUACAUUGGAAAGACCUAUUCAAAAAUUGAUGGAUUCACCUUCUACAUGUAGAACUGUUAAUGAAUUCAGUCAGUAUUUUUUAAAUGAAUUAAAAGGUCGACCUCGUACUGUGAUUGGUAUGGGUUUAGUAUUUCGUUUUGCUGGAAUUUUACGCAUUGAAUUAAAUUAUUGUUUCCCAAUGACAUAUCAAUCUGGUGAUCAAGUAAAGCCUGGAUUCGCUUUUGGAUUUGGCAUGUAUUAUAUGUGAUUCAUUGAUCAAUCUGUAGUUUUGCUGUUUGAAUUUUCCCCUGCAAAAUUAUUAGGUAAUAAUCUUGUGUGUGCACGAAAAAAUUAAAUAGACGAAGGUUGAUUCCAGUAGUAACUUGUUGUUAUUAUCAGAUACUAAUCGAUACUAAUUUAGAUUUAAUGUGGUUUCUGCUUUGUUACAUUUUUGUCUUACUUUAGAUUAACUAAACUGAUACUGUACACACGUUUCAUGUAUAAAUGUAUUAGGAAAUAAAUACAUAUUUCAGUACAUUCGCCUUCUAUCUGUGUAAAAAUUCGGUACAUUUAUACUCAUUGUUAUCAGAAAUCCAUACUUUUCAAUGGAUGUAAAAAGCAAAACGAAAAUAGUUCUCGUUAUGUUCUACAACUAACCAAUACACGUAGACCAACUUAAGUAAUCAAUAAUCAGCAAGGACCAAGAAAACUGAUAAUUUAUGCUUAUAGGUUAACCCUAAUACUAACUAGCCCUGAACACAAGACUAAUGUUCACCUGUCCAAGAUUGCUAUUAUAUUUCAAACAUUCAUUUAUAUACACACAAGACCAGACCACCACCCAGCAUACUCAUGUGGUAUCAGUAUUAACACGGGACAACAACAUUUAUGAUGGGAAAGUGGAAUACUGGAUAUACAAUUAAUCGGUUGUAGUUUAUGAGUCGAAAAUAAUAUAGCAACAAAUUAUGACUCAAAUAAAAGCUUAGAACUAGGGUAUUAAGAAAAUAAUAAUACCAAAAAUACUCAAUAAACAUGCAAUCAAUAUGUAUUUAAAUGAAACCAGAGAAAAUAGCUUUGAUGUCUUACUACUUAAUGCUAAUAGCUUUAUGAGAGUAAGUAGUAAACCAGAAUUUAUGAAAAUCUCUAUCAAAACUGGAUUACGUACUUUUUAACUCUCUUGAAAAUCAUGUUCUGUUGAUUUUACUGAUUACAACUGCCUUAAUAUACAUAAAAUGGCAGAUUAAUAAGGAGGGAGCAAACCCUCACUUUCACCUCCCUUCUUCGUAAACAGCUUUCACAUGAUUUGAUUCAUAUUGAUACAAGUACGUAGUGUAUUUGUAUGCUAUAAUUGCAGGUGUCAGUGAUUCUCGUAAGAAUAUUUGAUGAGUAGUUAGUGGGGGGGGAUGGUCUGGCUCUUGUCAGUCAGUCAGCGUAGAACUUGUACUUAUGUUCAUCGUUGUUUAACGCCCAUUAGUUCAAGGCGAAGUCUCUCACUCUUACCUACCCGAUAGCUAAAACACAACAAGUAGAUAAUUUUUACUGUACAGUUCAGUUUACAACUCAAACGUAUGUGAUAAUAAAUGUUAAUUUCUUCUCCUCACUUCAGUUCAAAUAAGAAGUUACGAUAUUGGAAUAACUAUGUCAUAAACAAAAGGAAAAUUAAGUAAUAGGUUUACAAUUAAUUACUCAUAACUUAAGAAUGGUAAAACAGGACAAUAUUUAAUGCAUCAAGAAACAUUUGGAAGUAGAAGAGUACAAUGAUUUGAUUAGUUCACUUAGUGAUUAUUUCACAAAAUUCAGUCAAUGAUUUUCAAUAGAAAAACUUCAAUCUAUCACCUUUAUUCAAUAUUUACCCAGUUACUGUAGAUAUUUCUGUAUAAAUUAAAAUUGAAUAGUAACAUCAUUAUAUAAUUUUUCAGGUAGAAUAAUUAUUACAUUAUCAGAAGGGGUUUGUGGAGAUUUUAGAAAUUUCACAGAUUGAAAUCAUGAGUCAAUUGAAGCUAGACCAUCACGAAAAAUCUGGAAGCACUUGACGGCCGUUUCUUCCCAUUGUGGGACUCCUCAGUAGUGCUCAUCCAGCGCCAAGCGCUUAACCGACUGGACCACUGAGCCGGCAUCCAGUGGUGUUAAUGUCUAACUUCAACCAAUCCACGACGUUGCGCUACCGUAUACCAUUGUCUUCAGUGAGUUUAUAUCUCACAACAGACCUGUU